AUGGUUGACAUACAAGUCCAAAUUCCAUGUGCUUUUGAUCCAUUUAUCGACAUCAAGCAAGAUCCGGAUUGUGGUGUUGGAGGGAAGCAAUACGUGCAUAUACGCAUACAACAAAGGAAUGGCAAGAAAAGCUUGACGACGAUUCAAGGGCUAAAGAAGGGAGUUAGUUACGAAAAAAUCCUCAAGGAUCUGAAGAAAGAGUUUUGUUGCAAUGGGACCAUCGUUCAAGAUAAAGAACUAGGCAAGGUGAUUCAGCUCCAAGGCGAUCAACGCAAGAACGCAUUCGCAUUCUUGACCCGUGUUGGCGUGGUGAGUAGGGACCAGAUCAAGAUUCAUGGCUUUUGA